UUGAACUACAAUUCACUCUCUCUAUUUCUCUGUCUCUCUGUCCAUUUCUCACACUCAAAGGAGGAGCCUUUCGCUUUUGUUUCUUUCAAAAAUCUAAAAUUUAAGCUUAACCCAUAUCAAAGCUUACUCUUUUCUUUAUAUUUAAGCUGAACCCAGAAAAAUUCAGCUGCUUUUGAGCUGAUCUCACUCAAUUAGUUUUUCAAUAUGGAUUUGGUUGGUGGAACAGAGUUUCUAUUUCUCUUUGUAUCAUUUGCUUAUAUAAAUUGAGCAGCCCUGGAUUCUGCGUUCAUACAAUGGGGGUUGACAAAGAAGGUUCAAAAAAUGGAGGAGGUUAUGUAGGUGGAUUUUUUCAGCUAUUUGACUGGACUGCAAAAUCUCGGAAGAAGUUAUUCUCGAGCAAGUCAGAUUUUCCAGAGCGUUCAAAACAGGGGAAGAGAAGUGAUGGAAACUUACCAAUGACACGAUUCCAUCUGAUGGAUGAGGAUGAAAUUGGAGCAGGGACAAGCAUCAAAGGAAGUAGUGAUUACAGUUGUGCUUCAUCAGUUACUGAUGAUGACAUAUAUGGAGCUAGGGCCCCUAGUGUAGUGGCCAGGCUUAUGGGAUUAGAUUCUUUGCCUACGUCUUCUGAGCCUUACUCCACCCCUUUUUUUGACACUCAAUCUCUUCGAGAUGCUCAUUUCCGAAAUAGGAACCUUAAUUAUCAUCAUGACCAGAAAAUAAUUUAUCCUGGAGAUCUGUUCAAUAAGAUGGAGGGCCCUGCCAGGAAUUUUGGGGAGUCAAAGCCUCAGAAGAUAAUCAGCAAGCCCAUAGAGAGAUUCCAAACUGAAAGUUUGCCCCCUAAGGCAGCUAAAACAAUUCCAAUUACCCAUCAUAAACUUUUGUCUCCUAUCAAGAGUCCUGGUUUUGUUCCUACUAAGAAUGCUGCUCACAUAAUGGAAGCAGCUGCAAGAAUUAUCGAGCCUGGCCCCCAAGCUAUUUCUAGAGCCAAAAUGCCUAUGGUCAGGUCAUCCUCAGUGCCCGUGAAAGUUCGCGAUUUCAAAGAAAAAAUGGAGGCUGCACAGAAAAUGCCUAUGGUUGGAUCUUCUUCUGUGCCCUUGAAAGUUAGAGAUUUGAAAGAGAAAGUGGAAGCUGCCCAAAAAACAUCCAGGCUCACUGAAACAACUAGAAGACCAGUUGAGUCAAAUGCUGCCAAGUAUCUUAAAGGACAAUCUCUGAACAAGAGUUGGAAUGGGUCAACAGACACAACAUCACCCAGGGCUUCUGAUACAGAAGAAAUUUCUUCCGUUUUAAAGAGUAAGGGUAAGUCUAUUUCGCUUGCAAUCCAAGCAAAGGUCAAUGUACAGAAAAGAGAAGGAUUGGCUUCAAGCAGCAGUCGAAGUUUUCUCGGGCAGAAAGACCAGAGUGAGGUUAAGUCAAGUCAACCAUUCAAGAGCCAACCAUGUACUCAAAAGAGUUUGCAUAAGAAAUCUUCUAUGCACAAUGCUUCUGGUGUACUCAAGCAGAACAAUCAGAAGCAAAAUUGUAUAGUUGAUAAAGACAAAUUACCUUCAAAGUCCACGGCUUCCAACUUGCACAGUAGAAAAGUGCUCUCUGGGGAUUCUUCCUUUGGGCGACACAAAAUGUCAGGUAAAACUGUUGGGAAUUCCAAAACUGGCUCAAGGAAGUUGGGCUUUGGUGCAACAGAUAGUGAAAAAGGAGGUCCAUAUUCUGGUACAAAGAACCCAAGGAAGAAAAGAUCGAUUGAUAGGAAUUUCCAAUUUGAGAAAAAUCAGGUUGUUGAUAAUGUGUUGAUUGAAAAAAAUCAAAAGGAAGAUCAUCCUGUUACUGAAAGGAACUUCAGCUGGGUAGAAGAUAGCAAGAAGAAAGGCAUGGAUGUUGUCUCCUUCACAUUCACAGCCCCACUAACCCGGUCAAUGGAAACAUCUGCUCAGAUUGCACAGAAAAAUAACGGCAUUUGCAUGGAUAAUCAGGGUAAAAGAUUGUUGCUUGACACUGAGAGUAUGAAGUUGUCUUCGUUGGGAUAUAAUGUCAUAGGAGGAGAUGCUUUAAGUAUGCUUUUGGAGCAAAAGCUAAGGGAAUUAAGUAAUGCAGUUGAAUCUUCUUGCCACAAAUCUCUCAAUUCAGGAUCAGCUUCUAAUUCUAUGUCAUUUUCACAAGACCUGGUGCACACGCCUAAUGCUGUUACCACUACGCCGAGCUUAUAUGAUAAACAGGGUAGUUGUCACGGUUCCAACCUUUCCUCCACUGAUCUUCAACUGCUCAGAUUGAAGCAUAAGUUUCAGGGAGAUGAGAGCGAUGAAUGCAGCAGUAGCUGUCUUGAUGCUCGGCAACCUAGUCCAGUUUCUAUUCUUGAACCUUCCUUUUCGACUGAAAGCUGCAACUCUUCAGAUAGCACAGAUAGUUGCAGUAUAGAAGGAAGCAAGCACUGCUCAUCUGUUCAAGCUCAGGAAGUUCUUGGGCUGAGUUCUUCAAAGAAGUUACGCUCACUAGACGCUGACACAGAUUUAUCAGAUUCAGCUUCUUCCUUAUGUCCUGGAACUGUGGCUAAAAGAAAUCAAAAUACUGUUGUUAAGUCAGAUCCCAUGAAAUCAGUCAACUGGGAACUAGAAUAUGUAAAGCUGAUACUAUGUAAUGUGGAAUUGAUGGUCAAGGACUUUGCCUUAGGCCGUGCUCGUGAAAUCAUAAACCCUCAUCUUUUUGAUAAGUUGGAAAGCCGAAGAGCAGGAUUUCGAAGCAAUGGUGGGGAGUCUAGGCUAGAACGGAAGGUACUAUUUGAUUCUGUCAGCGAAUGCUUAGACUUGAGAUGCAGGCGGUACGUGGGUGGGGGAUGCAGAACAUGGGCAAAAGGGAUGAUGAUUCUGAGAAGAAAUGAGUGGUUAGCUGAAGAAGUGUACAAGGAGAUCUCAGGGUGGAGAGGCAUGGGUGAUUGUAUGGUGGAUGAGCUUGUGGACAAGGACAUGAGCAGUCAAUAUGGAAAAUGGCUGGACUUUGAGGUUGAUGCAUUUUCACUUGGAGCAGACAUUGAGGGUCAAAUACUGAACACCUUGGUUGAUGAGGUGGUUGCUGAAGUCUUGCAACUUUAAUGCUUUCUGCUUAGUCACACCAGGUGUAGAAUGGAUGAGCUCGUGCACAAGCACAUGGCCUAUAUGGGAAAUGGCCAGGGCUUUAAAGUUGAUGAGUGCAUUUGUACUUGGAGACAGUGAGGGCUAAAUUGAAUGCUUUUGGUUGCUGAAUUGAUCAAUGAUAGCUUGCACUGUUUUAAGCCUUUAGUUUUGCCACUUCCAAUGUAUGUUUCUCUUCAUAAAUCUUACCCCUUGGGGGGGAUCUUUGUCUCAUGAAGAUUCUUAAAAGUUCAUUCUUCAAA